AUGGCGUCCCAAAGCAGCAAGAAAAUCGCCCAGGCGAACGCACAGACGCUUAAGGAACUCCACUUAAUCGCGCUCGUGGUCAAUUUGCUCGCGCUUGUCGCCAUUUUCGGCCUCAAAAGACCGGCCCGUUUCUGGCCCUAUUUCCUCCUCUCGUUGCCCUCUUUCGGGUGCCAGUACGUUUUGGAGAGUAGCGGCAGACCGCGGUACGUUGUCGAGAACGGCCACCAAAAGUUGGCGCGCAGCGGCGCCGAGAUCAAGGGCCCAGGCUUGUUUGAGUACAUGUUCGAUACCAUCUACACUACAUGGCUCUGUGCGGUGCUUAUGGUGGUAUUUGGCUCCAACAAGGUGUGGUGGCUUUAUGCGGUGAUUCCGGGCUACGUUGCGUGGAAAGUUAGCGCGUUGGCGCGGUCGUUUUUCGGCAAACUGAAGGCUGCACCCGUUGUGGCAGAAAACGAGCCCGAAACGGUCAGCAAGCGCCAGGCAAAGGCGGAAAAGCGGCAGAAGACGCAGCGCGUGCGCACGCGGUAA